GAACACCAAGACACUGUGCUUGGGAAUACAAUGCACACCGUGAUCGCCUUACUGAAUAACAUGGUUGCUAACAAAAGCACAAACAUGAGGUUACUCUUUGAAGAAGGACUGGUUCAUCACAUCUGUAAUCUAAUAGAAACUGUGGCUCUGUACUUGGAGGCAGAUGAUAAAAGCAGCAUCAAGACAGCAAAUGCACUGCUUCUGUCCUUGCUUGACAUUUUGCACUGCAUGCUGAUGUACACAGCAAACAUUGUACGCCAGACUUUACAGGCACAGAAAUCUGGCACAGGAGGGGACACGAAGGCUGCUGAAGACCUUCUGCUUAUCAAUAAACCCCUGACGGACCUAAUUAGCCUGCUUAUUCAACUGCUUCCCAGUGAAGAUACUGACAUAUUUGAGAGUGCUUCACAGUGCUUAUCUUUGCUGGUUCAGCUGUAUGGAGGGAACAAUCAGGAGAGUAUGUCCCCAGAAAACAUGGACAACUUUGCUGAAGUACUGAAGUCCAAAAAAGAUACACGACAACUGAAGCUUUUGUUGAGAAUUAUAAAGAGACUGCCCACAGCAGCUCCCGUGUUACGUGUGAGGCUGCUCUCGGCCAGUGUUGGUGAAGUUGAGCGAGAACUUGAGCUAACCAAUCCUGUGAAGAUAACUUCAAACGAGAAGCGCUCAGAGAGCCUGAAGAAUGAUGGCGAUGCUCUUAUCCAAACUCUAGAGAGUCUGGCCCAAACUGCCAGAAAACCACAUACUACAGGGCCCAAAAUAAACAGCACUCUCUUAUUUGAUACAAGAUGCUCAGUAGACCAAAUUCUAGCUGAUGCCAAUGACGAGUGUGUUGAUGCAUUGGGAGGAAUCCGAGAAGGAUUCAGCCUGGAUCUUGGGGUUGUAAUGGUCUCAGACAUGGAUAAACUGGCAAUGGUCAGGCAAGAGAAGCCUGGGAUAGGUUUCCAAUCCUCCACUCCGCCUGUGCAGCAGGAGGAGGAGACCAGUCAGGUGCUGGGAGAGGGGCGCUGCCUGGAUUGCGAGCUGCUGUCGGGGCUCUCCUGCUGCCGUGUCGCAGCCGGGGAUUGCCAAACUCCUGCUCUGUGA